CCAAACCGUUCCGGAGCUCCGAGAUUGAUGUCGAAACCAGGAAUGUAUCGAACAAAAUGCAGCAGCCUUGGAGGAGUCAUAAUUCAGUUCCAGGUUCACUGCAGGCCACCAUGUCAGGAAGUAGACAUCCAACUGCCCCAGUGGAACAAGUUCUGGAAAUUCCUCCUGAGUUCGAUCCAGAUUCUGCUGAAUUUGUCUCUGAGAUUAGUGAUUACGCAACAGAAUUCAAAAGGGGAGAUGUUGUGGAAAUUCCUCUCGAGUUUGAUCCCGAUGCUACGGAGCUAGUUUCAGACAAAAGGCACAAUGUGACGAAAUUGCCAUGGGAGGGAAUGGAAAUCCCUCUCGAGUUUGAUCCAGACUCUCCUGAGCUGGUUUCUGACAUCACUGAGUACACAUCAAAACUGAAACAGUCACAUGAACGUGCUCGAAAGCUACGGGCAGAUUUGGCUGUUGAAGAGCAGCGUGAACAAGAACUGAGUCGAGUGCUGAAGGGCAUAGUGACUGUUCCAAGUUUGUCUGAAACACAUAAAAGGCGACCAAAAAGAAAGAGUAGUAUAGAGCGACUGAGAGUGUCAAGGCAUUUGGCUGAAGAGGCAAUGAGUUACUUCGAGGAAUGUGUUUCAAUUUCAACAUUAGAUAGCACUGAUUUCUCCUCACUUGAGGAACCUCAUCAAAAUUCAGUUGGCACUGUCCCGCGAAAGACCAACAGUAGAUUUCUCCUGAAAGGGGGGUCCAGCCCAACUGAUGGACACAGUUAUUAUGAGGAAUCUGAUGGCCAAACCCAGUGCUCAAUGAGCAUAACUGGAUCUGAUGUAUCUGACAGUGUUAUCUUUAGUCAUGCCAAGUCCCCCAGUUUGGGCCCUAGAAACAGUUCUAGUGAUGAUUUCGAUUGCUUUGACUCACCACGAAGCAGAAGUUCUUGUUUCUCUUUCACUCAUGAGCCAGUGAAAGCUGUUGACAGCUGUGAUGUUCAUCAAUAUCUAAGGAGUUUCAGCGGAGUAAUAAGUAAAGAGAGGUCAAAUUAUUGUGCUGAUGACUAUGCUAUCCAGAAAUUGAGUGAGACCAUACUAACGGACGUGGUGGCCUUUAAGAAUCGAAUAGAAUAUGGAGGCCUUGCUCUUUGUAAUGUCAGAACAUUCUGAGAGUUAAUGGAGCAAACAGUGCCAGAUGGUAAAAGGACUAAUGUAACUAUCACAGUGUAAUUAUGUACAGUAAGUAUAGGAGUAGCUUUUUUGACUGAAAAGAAAGGUUUAUUGCUUCUGGCCUCUUCACCCAGAUAGUGUGAAGAUGUAUUUCUAAAUCAAAUUGUCUCCUGGUUGAUUAUAAUUAUAUUUUGGGGUGAUGUUGUGAUAUGAUCAUGAUGCUUCUGUAGACUAACGUGCAGAAUACUUUGUUUACUUAGGUGGUCAAAGUCAAAACCUAGAUGCGGAUCUCCUUCUGGCCAUCUUCAUAAAACCUGUAGGUUUGACUCCCCACCUUCUUAAUUUGUAUCUCGUUUAGUAUGAUCAUCAUAGGUAACUGUUAUCUUGCCAACCAAACAAAAAAUAUAUGUAAUUGUAA